AAAAGAAUGUACUUUGAGACCAACCAUUUACGUGAAAUGCAAAAUGUGACAGAAAUGAUUUGAGAAAGAAUCCAAUACCAUCCCGGUUUAGACCGGGUCGUCAAAAUACACAACCGGACUCUGUUUUGAUGUAAGCUAAUGUUCAAAUGGACGAUGAAUCAUCGUCAAUGUCGUCUCCGUUCCCUCGCAAGAUUUCUGGACCAUCGAGUUUCCUUUAAAGUCACUCUUCGAUCUCUGUCUCUCUCGAAACGUUCCUUGUAUUCUUCCAGAACAUUCCAAAGCUCUGGUGGUUUCGGUUCAGGUAACGGUGCGCCGCCAACUGUAGUAACGUACUUGAGGCUCUUGUCCGAAUCUUCAGCUUCCAAGUCGCUGCUUCCUGGGGAACAGAUUCAUGGCCGUUUGAUUGGACUUGGGUUGUCAAAAGAUUCGAAAUUUCGAAAUUCUUUGAUUGGUCUCUAUGGGAAGUGUGGUUUUUUCGGCUACGCGCGCAAACUGCUCGACGAAAGUCCUGAGCCGGAUUUUGUUUCUUGGUCGGCCCUCAUUUCGGGAUAUUCCCAGAACGGCUUCAGCCAAGAAGCUCUUAGGGCUUUUCAGGAGAUGCAUUGCCUCGGUCUCAGGAGCAACGAGUUCACUUUCCCAAGUGUUCUCAAGUCCUGCGCAGCUAACAAGGAUUUGAAAUUGGGGGUUCAGGUUCAUGGGGUUACCAUUGUUACUGGUUAUGAAUCUGAUGAGUUCGUUGGGAACAGUUUGGUUGAUAUGUAUGCAAAAUGUGGAGAAUUGGAGGCUUCGAGGAGGGUUUUCAAUGAAUUGCCUGAGAAGGGUGUGGUUUCUUGGAAUGCUCUGCUUUCUUCCUAUAUGCAAAACGAUUCUUGUGCUGAGGGAAUUGAUCUAUUCCAUGACAUGGUGAAUGCCGGAGUAAGGCCCAAUGAGUUUAGUUUGUCUAGUAUGAUAAAAGCUUGCGCCGGGUUAGGAGACAUUGGUGAAGGAAGGAAACUUCAUGGAUAUCUAAUAAAACUUGGGUACAAUUCUGAUCCCUACUCAUCGAACGCACUCGUCAACAUGUAUGCCAAAGCCGGGAGCUUGGUAGAUGCAUUUCUUGUUUUCCAAGAAGUAGAGAGUCCUGAUAUUGUUUCUUGGAAUACUAUUCUGGCUGGUUCUGUUCUUCACGAGCAUUAUGAGCUGUCUCUGCAUUUGUUUGUGCAGAUGAGUAGAUCGAAAACACGUCCCAACAUGGUGACACUAUCAAGUGCACUGAAAGCUCUUGCCAGGAUUGGGUUUAAGGAAUUGGGAAAGCAGUUUCAUGCUCACCUUCUGAAGAUGAACGCAAUGGAAUCUGAUUCUUUCAUCGGUGUCGGAAUCAUAGAUAUGUAUUCAAAGUGCUUGAUGACGGACGAUGCUAGAAAGGUUUUUGAAUUGAUGCUAGAGAAGAAAAUGGUUGCUUGGAACGCCAUGAUCUCUGGGUAUUCACAAAAGGGAGAAGACUAUGAAGCCGUUUUGCUCUUCCCUGAAAUGCACAAGGAAGGGAUGGGAUUCAAUCAAACCACUUUGUCAACAGUCCUAAAAUCUGUAGCUGCUUUGCAGGCCAGUGGUCUUUCUGAACAGAUCCAUGCUCUCUCUCUAAAAUCGGGUCUCAUGUCUGAUAAUUACAUUGUAAACAGCCUGAUUGAUGCAUACGGGAAAUCCGGAAAAGUAGAGAUUGCAACUAAAGUUUUUGAGGAGAAUCCUUCCCCCGAUUUGGUGUCAUUUACAUCGGUGAUCACAGCUUAUUCUCAAUAUAGACAAGGGGAGGAAGCGAUGAAGCUAUACUUAGACAUGCAACACCGGGGAUUAAAUCCAGAUGCGUUUGUAUGCAGCUCCCUUCUCAAUGCAUGUGCAAACCUGUCAGCGUAUGAGCAAGGGAAACAAAUUCAUGUCCAUGUGUUGAAGUUUGGAUUCAUAUCAGAUGGCUUCGCGGGUAACUCUCUCGUCAACAUGUAUGCAAAAUGCGGUAGCAUAGAGGAUGCAGACCGAGCAUUCUCUGAGAUACCGGAGAGAGGAAUUAUCUCUUGGUCGGCUAUGAUUGGAGGAUUAGCUCAACACGGGCAUGGACAAAAGGCCCUUGAAAUGUUUGAAUUAAUGCUCGAAGAUGGAGUUGCACCAAACCACAUAACUCUAGUAAGUGUACUCUCUGCCUGCAACCACACUGGGCUUGUAUCCGAGGCAAAACGCUAUUUCGAGUCAAUGGAAAAACGUUUUGGCAUCCAACCCACGCAAGAACACUAUGCUUGCAUGAUUGAUGUGUUAGGCAGAGCAGGGAAACUGAUUGAGGCCAUGGAAAUGGUCGAGAAAAUGCCCUUUGAACCCGAUGCAUCCGUCUGGGGAGCACUUCUUGGCACAGCUAAGCUACAUAAGAACGUGGAACUCGGUCAACGCGCUGCGAAGAAGCUAUUGAUUCUUGAGCCGGAAAAAUCGGGCACACACGUUCUUCUGGCAAACAUAUAUGCGUCUGCUGGAAUGUGGGAGAAUGUAGCGAGAAUGAGAAAGUUGAUGAGAGAAUUCCAAGUGAAGAAAGAACCGGGAGUGAGCUGGAUUGAAGUCAAAGACAAAGUACACACGUUUAUUGUCGGAGACAGAAGCCAUCCGAGAACCGAAGAGAUAUACGCGAAGCUUGAUGAGCUGAGAGAGCUUCUGAACAGGGCAGGGUAUGUUCCAAAGGUGGAAACAGAGCUUCACGACGUGGACAGAAGCGAAAAGGAGAAGCUUUUGUUCUAUCACAGCGAGAAAUUGGCGGUGGCUUUCGGUCUGAUCGUAACUCCUGCCGGAGCUCCGAUCAGGGUCAAGAAGAAUCUGAGAAUCUGUGGCGAUUGCCACACAGUGUUUAAGUUUGUGUCUGAGAUUGUUUGUCGGGAAAUUAUAGUUAGAGAUAUCAACAGGUUUCAUCACUUCAGAGAUGGGUCAUGCUCUUGUAGAGAUUACUGGUGAUUAGUAACGCACCAAUCGAAAAGAUUCUUUUAUUUGCAUUUUUUUUCUUGUAUCAUUCAUGAUAUUGACAUAAGAUAUUUCA